AUGGACAAGAAAAAGAACCGUUCCGAUCCGCUCGCUGCUGGGCGCCAGAAGCUUCAACAAUUUCGUCAAAAGAAGGCUGACAAAAGCACUGAUAAUAAAAAGGACCCCAAGGCCAGUACAAGCCAAGGAAAGUCCUCUAAAAAAUCUGGUAAAUCUGAGAAGCAUGAGCGUAAACCUGACACAAGUGCUGUCAGUGACGAGGCAGAAGCUCCGUCUAAUGUGGCUGCAGGAGGAGCUACAUCUCAUGUGAAUAUUGGCGAGGAGGUUGUUGAUUCUCCACGAACUUAUGCAAAUGCAUUAGCUCAAGAGUAUGUUCCAGUCCAUGGUUCGUCAUCAGAACCUGAUACCCUUCAGCCAGAAAACACAACAUCAACUUCUGAUAGCGGAGCUGAACUGAGAAAAGAAGUAGUGGAUUCUGAAAAUGAUAUCAGCAUACCAUUAUCCACUGAAGAAGAGAAUACGAAGAGCGUUGACAGUGGAGCGGCUGGGACAGUAGAUUCUUUGACAUCUGGCCCUGCAGAUUCUGAGAAGGGAAUUACACAUGACGAUGCAUCUAUCAGUGUUGACGGAAUCAGUGCUGCUUCUGGAAACCUAGCGGAUGGUGAAGGAGUUGAAGUUGCAAGUGGGUCCGGGAAUGUGGAAAACCCGCAUCAGCCAUCCUCUCCGCAUGCAUUUAUUCCUGAUGUUUCCUUGAUUCGUGCAAGGGGAGAUCAGGUAACUGAUGUAGGGGAAAUGCAGGAAGACGAUGGUUCACACAAGGAGCAGUUUUCUGAAUCAUCUACAAUGGCAGAUGUGGAUAGGAAUGGAUCAGAAGAAAGGCCAAAAAGCUAUGCAGCCGCUGUGGUUUCAUCUGCUUCUGAUUCUCACUUUUCAGAGGGAUCCUCAGUUACAAAUGAAGAGAAACCAGAGUCAUCAUCUAUUGGUUUUCCUGAUAACAGAGAUCACGUGCUUUCAGUUGAACCUGAGGAAUUCUCUGUUGCAAAAGAUCCUGAGAGCGUCAGUAUCUCUGGAGUUUUGAGCCAUGAGAAGCCUCGUAAAAUUGACACAGAUCCAUCUGGAGAAGUUUCUGCUGCUCCUGUUCAUGAAGGCCCGUCAGUCAGCUUCUUGCAGCUUAUGGAUAUUGUACAGGGUCUUGGACAAGAUGAAUUUCAAGUGUUGUGCAACGCAAGAGAGGCUGCUUCCAGUACUGAGCCAGGAACAAGUUCACUGGAGAGAUUAAGAGAAGAACUGUUUGUUUCGAGUACAAUGGAAGAUAUACUCCAUGUGCAACUCACAGAACAAUCUCAUCUACAAAAUGAGUUUGAUCACCAACAUAACCAAUUGGUAGCUGAAAUAUCCAAGCUGCGUGCAUCAUAUAAUGCAGUGACGGAGAGGAAUGAUUCUCUUGUGGAGGAACUAUCGGAGUGCCAGUCUAAUCUCUAUGCUGCUACAAGCUCAAAUGAGAAGCUCGAAAAUCAGCUUCUCGCUACAGAAGCACGGGUGGAGGAUUUCACUGCUAAGAUGAAUGAGUUGCAGCAUAGCCUAGAAAAGUCCCUAUUGGAUCUAUCUGAGGCUAAAGAAAAUUUCAUCAAUCUUCAGGUGGAGAAUGAUACGUUGGUUGCAAAUAUUUCUUCUUGGAAUGAUGAGAAAAAGGAACUUCUUGAAGAAAAAGAAUCCAAGAACUAUGAGAUUAAGCAUCUUACCGAGGAAAGAUAUACUGUAUUGGGGGAGGCAGAGAAGUUACAGGAAGAAUUGGCAAAUUGUAAGACUUUGGUCACCUUGCAAGAGGUGGAAAAUUCAAACACAAGGGGGACGCUUUCUCUACUGACAGGCCAGCAGACUAAACUUGAAGAGGAUAACCUGCAUCUCAGAGAAGAAAAUGAGAAAGCACAUCUAGAACUGAGUGCACAUCUGAUCUCGGAGACUUAUCUAUUGUCUGAGUAUUCCAAUCUAAAGGAAGGGUAUUCUUUGCUGAAUAAUAAACUCUUGAAGUUUCAAGCGGAGAACGAACAUUUGGUUGAGGACAAUGAUAAACUUUCGUAUGAGCUUCUUACUCUUCAAGAGCGUAUGUCUACUGUACAAGAAGAGCGGACUCAUCUAGCAGUUGAGUUGGGAGAAGCAAUAGCGCGCCUUGAUAAACUGGCUGAAGAGAAUACAUCUCUGAAAAGUAGCAUCGAGGUAGAAAAAGCUAGAAUGGUAGACAUUGGUAAAGAGGAUGCUUCAGGAUUGAUCAGUCAGGAUUUAUCUGAAACAUCGAGUAGAAGUCUUGAAGUUGAGGUUACAAGUAAACAGAAUGUACCUUUCUUGGAAAAUACCUGCCAAAGUCCCGGGACACAGCAUGCAAAUUUGGAGGAGGUAAUGGACGAUUCUUCUGGGUUUUCUGCCUUAAACAAGAAUCUGGAGACGGGAGAGAAAAUGGUUCAGAACCUUGAAGAGGCAAUUAAGCAGCUGCUCAUCGAUUCUUCAUCAAGUAAGUCUAGCAAUAAAGGAGUAUCACAAUUGAUUCAGGCUUUUGAGCCAAAGCGGCAACAGGAAGAACAUGAAUCUGAAAAUGCACAGUUAACUGGUGAGCAGUCAGAAGCAUUUGUGUCUGUGAAUGUGCAUAUUAGGAAUUUGAGAGGCUUGCUUGAACAGUUAGUGUUGAAUGCUAGGAAGGCUGGUGUACAAUUCAAUCAAUUAAAUGAUGUCAGGACAGAGACAAAUCAACGGCUCGAGGAGUUUAAUGUCAAGUUUGCAUCUCACCAGGAUCACAUUAAUCUUCUGGAGGCAGAUACAAUUGAGAAUAAAAUUUCUUUUGAAGCUCUAAAGAAUUACUCCUAUGAGCUGCAACACAAAAACCACGAAUUUGAACUUCUCUGUGAAUCAUUAAAGCUGAGAAAUGAUAGCAUCGGUCUAGAAAACACGGAGCUCAACGAGAAGCUCAGUUCUUGCUUAUCGAGAAUUCAUGAGCUUGAAAUUCAGCUGGAAAGCUUACAGAGUAAUUUAAGUAGCAUGUCCUCCUCAAUGGAAGAACAGUUAGUGGCAUUGCAGGAUGAAUCUGAAAAGGCAAGGAUGCUAGAACAUGAAUUGACAUCAUCAGUGUCUGAAUUUGGUGAUGCAGUUGCCAGACUUGAUGAUUGUUUGCUCAGAUCUGGCACUGCUGAAGCUCAGGUUGGCUUAGAUAUAACCAAGCGUAUGUCUCGUUCUGUUGACAUGGCUGUAAAGGUGAUUGGCGACCUGGAGGAAAAACUAGAAGUUGCUUACGCGAAGCAUGAGUCCUCCUCAAACAAAUAUGAGGAGUUGAAUCAUAGUUUCAACGCUCAGCUUGAGAAAAAUGAAUUUGUAACGGCUACAAUGCACAAGGUCUAUGCUGAUCUGACGAAACUGAUUACUGAAUCACGCGGGUCUGUGGAGAUGGACAAUCUGAAAGUUGAAAAUCUAGUUGUCUCUGAUCCUGUUAAUGAUGGUAAUUGUGAGAAUCUGGUUGAGGCUGUGCGGCACAUUAUUUUUGAGAGGCUUGAACUUCAGUCUGCGAUUGACAAGCUACAGUUGGACUUGUCGAGUAAAACAAAUGAUAUGGAGGUACUGAUGCAACGGAGCCUUGAUCCCACUUCACUUCGAGAGUUAGUUGAGAAAGUUGAGGGUGUUCUUGAACUUGAAAAUAGUGAAAUUAGUUUUGAAUCUCCUAGUUCAUAUGUGGAGUUUCUGGUUUCCCAACUUGUUCAGAAGUUUAUAGAAGCUGAGGACUUGGCUAGUCUUUUCAGAAAACAGUCAGAGGCGAAGGAGAAUGAGCUGAUAGAGAUCCAGGAGAGUUUACUGCACCACAAAACUGAAAUGGGUGGUCUCAGGGAAAAUUUAAGCCAGGCAGAAGAGUCCCUUGUGGCUGUACGAUCUGAGUUACAAGAGAAAUCAAAUGAUUUUGAACAAUCAGAGCAGAGGUUAUUAUCUACUAGAGAGAAGCUUAGCAUAGCUGUUGCAAAAGGAAAAGGUUUGAUUGUUCAGCGUGACAAUCUUAAGCAAUCGUUGGCCGAAACCUCUGCUGAACUGCAGAGGUGCUCAGAGGAAGUGCAAUUGAAGGACACAAGGCUUCAGGAAGUAGAAGCAAAACUUAAGACGUAUACAGAGGCAGGUGAACGUGUGGAGGCAUUAGAAUCUGAGCUUUCUUACAUCCGAAACUCAGCUACUGCACUUCGAGAAUCGUUUCUUCUCAAAGACUCUCUACUUCACAGAAUUGAAGAAAUUUUGGAUGAUUUGGAUCUCCCAGAGCAUUUUCAUGCUCGGGAUAUACUCGACAAGGUGGAGUGGUUAGCAAGAUCAGCUAACGGAAACUCUUUGCGUCCCUCUGAUUGGGAUCAGAAGAGUUCUGAUGGAGGUGCGGGAUACGUUCUCUCGGAACCCUGGAGGGAGGAUGGUCAAACUGGCACAAGUACUGAGGAUGACUUAAGGAUCAAAUUCGAGGAGCUCCAGGGGAAGUUUUAUGGGUUGGCUGAACAGAAUGAAAUGCUGGAGCAGUCCUUGAUGCACAGGAAUAAUUUGGUUCAGAGAUGGGAAGCGCUCAUAGGGAAUCUUGAUAUGCCUCCGCAGCUAAAGUCCAUGGAAGUGGAAAACAAGAUUGAGUGGCUUGCAAGUACAGUAUCAGAGGCUACACAUGAAAAGGAUACUCUCCAACAGAAGAUUGAUAACCUUGAAGUCCAUUGCCAAUCACUAAGUGCUGAUUUGGAAGUCUCACAAAAGCAAGUGGGUGAUAUCGAGGCAAAUCUUCAGUCGGUUGAUAAUGAGAGAGUGAAUCUUUCUGAACAACUGGAAACUCUAAAUGGUGAUCACGAAAAUCUUUCUGCCAGGGUCAUUCACCUUGAAGCUGAGAAUGAGGAACUGCAGAAUCAAGUGAAAGAUCUGCAUGGAAAAUUGGUUGAGAAACUUGGGAAUGAAGAACAACUUGAGACUAUCGAAGGAAACCUUUUGAGUUUGAGGCACAUGAUUAAUGAUGUUAUACAGGAAGAUGGCUUGCAGGAUUUGGCUUUGGCAAGUAAUUCUGAGACCUUGGAUGGGCUUCUGAGAAAGCUGAUAGACUAUUAUAAGAAUUUGGUGAAAUCUAGUUUGCCACGUGAAAGAGAUGACAACCUCUGUGAAACUCGUCCUCUAAAUGCUGAUGUUAGAAGCGGAGAGUCAUUGGGUACACAUGAAGCAACUUCUCAUGGACACAAUCCUGAAUUGACCGAUUCUAAUAUAGUGGAAGCAACAAGCAGAGACAUCGCAGUAGUAGAGACACCUGAUGUAGCUUCCCUAACAAAAGAUCUGGAUGAGGCAUUGCAUGUUCAAAAGCUGACAAGGGAAGAAAGAGAUUUGUACUUGGAAAAGCAGCAAUCCUUGGUUGCUGAAAAUGAGGCACUUGAUAAGAAAAUAAUAGAAUUGCAGGAGUUUCUUAAGCAAGAAGAGCAGAAGUCAGCUUCUGUAAGAGAGAAGUUAAACGUAGCUGUCAGGAAAGGGAAAGCUUUGGUCCAACAAAGGGAUAGCUUGAAGCAAACUAUUGAGGAGAUGAGCGCUGAGCAUGGUCGCCUAAAAUCAGAGAUUGUCAACCGAGACGAAAUGCUCCUGGAAAAUGAAAAGAAACUUCGGGAGUUGGAAUCUUACACUAUGAGGAUAGAAGCCCUAGAGUCUGAGUGCCAAUUACUGAAAAAUCAUUUGCAAGAAACAGAAAAUAUUUUGCAGGAAAGAAGUGGUACAUUGAGCACGACACUGAAUGCGUUGAAUAGCAUUGAUAUUGGUGAUGAAGGUGAUAGAUAUGACCCAGUUCUGAAGCUUCAACGGAUCCAACAACUGUUUCAGAAUAUGAGUACAGCUGUGUCUUCUGCUGAGCAGGAGUCGAGAAAGUCUAGAAGAGCGGCUGAGUUGCUACUUGCUGAACUGAAUGAGGUUCAAGAGAGAAACGAUAGUCUGCAAGAGAAGCUAUCAAAGUUUACAUAUGAAAUUGAGCAGCUUUCUAGACAGAAGGAUGCAGCGGAGGCUGCAAAAGUUGAAGCCGUGUCACAUUGUGAAAAUUUAUCAGUGCUCAACAACGAAGAAAAGAAGAAGCUGUAUGCUCAACUGCUGUCCUUCGCAACUAGUGUGAACGCUCUGGGGAAAACACUCGCAGGUACCAACAGCUGUCUAGCUGAUAUUUUCACCGUGGAUAUGGAGUUUCUGCAUCAUUUGAAGGCAAAUAUGGAAUCAUGUGCGAAGCAAACUGGUACUAAUUUGUCUGGCUGGCCUCAAUUGAGUACAGGGAAUUUUGUAGACAAGGAAAUCUUUUCACGCUUGAGUGCUGCCUUGCCUAACGUCAACUUGCAUGAGAUUUCAAGUGGUGGAAACAUAACCGAAAUUUGUGGUUCUCUCUCACGCAACCUUGAUCAGUUUGUGGCCGUUAGUAACCAUCUCGAAGAGAAUGUAAGCAAGCACUUGGGAGCAUGGCACGAACAGGUCAACAUUGUAUCCAACAGUGUGGACACCUUUUUCAAGUCAAUAGGAACGGGAACAGAUUCAGAAGUUGCCGCUUUGGGUGAAAGAAUUGCCUUGCUUCAUGGAGCAUGUUCGAGCAUGUUGGCAGAAAUUGAAAGCCGUAAGGCUGAACUGGUUGGAAAUGACAAUUUCAAUAUAAGUCCCCAUCAAGUAGAAGGGGAUGUCUCGUCCAUGGAAUCAGUCAGGUCAAUGGUAAAUAGGCUAUCGUCAGCUGUUAGAGAGCUUGUUGUAGCAAAUGCUGAGACUGUGGAGAGAAAUGAAAAGGAGAUGAAGGUGAUCAUCGCCAAUUUACAAAGGGAGUUACACGAAAAGGACAUCCAAAAUGAUAGGAUGUGCAAUGAACUUGUGGGUCAAGUUAAGGAAGCCCAGGCUGGUGCUAAGAUCUUUGCGGAAGAUCUUCAAUCUGCAAGUGCCCGGAUGCGUGAUAUGCAAGGCCAGCUGGAAAUUUUGGUGCGGGAGCGGGAUUCUAUGAAGGAGAGAGUAAAAGAGCUGCAAGAAGGACAGGCCUCACACUCAGAAUCAGAGGAGAAGGUCACAUCGCUUAGUAAACUACUAGCUGCAAAAGACCAAGAAAUCGAGGCCUUAAUGCAAGCGCUCGAUGAGGAAGAGUCUCAGAUGGAGGAUCUGAAACAAAGGGUUACAGAAUUAGAACAGGAAGUGCAACAGAAGAACCUAGAUUUGCAGAAAGCUGAAGCUUCUCGUGGGAAGAUUUCCAAAAAGCUAUCAAUUACUGUGGAUAAGUUCGAUGAGCUUCAUCAUCUCUCUGAAAAUCUCCUUGCUGAAAUCGAGAAACUUCAACAACAAGUGCAAGAUCGGGAUACCGAGGUUUCUUUCUUAAGACAAGAAGUCACCAGGUGCACCAAUGACGCUCUUGUUGCUUCUCAAAUGGACACUAAGAGAGGCUCAGAAGAGAUCCAAACUGUAAUGUCUUGGUUCGACGCAAUAGCUUCACUACUUGGUCUAGAAGAUUCACCUUCGACUGAUGCUCACAGUAAUGUAAACCGCUACAUGGAGACACUUGAGAAAAGGAUUGCAUCGAUAGUAACUGAAACAGAAGAAUUACGGUUGGUGGGACAAAGCAAGGAUUCGUUGCUGGAAGCUGAGAGGAGUAGAGUGGCUGAGCUCAGACAGAAAGAAGCAACUCUUGAGAAAAUAUUACAUGCGAAGGAAUCCCAACCAAAUAUGUCAACAAGCUCGAAUUCAGAGAUUGUUGAAGUGGAACCUCUAAUAAACAAGCGGACGAUGAGUGGAACAUCGACCCCAUCUCAAGUCCGGAGUUUGCGCAAGGGAAACAACGAUCAAGUCGCCAUUAGUAUAGACGCAGAUCACGCUGGCUUAGACGAAGAUGAUGAUAAAGCUCAUGGAUUUAGAUCACUCACCACGUCAAGAAUCAUUCCUAGAUUCACAAGACCAGUGACAAACAUGAUCGAUGGUUUAUGGGUCUCUUGUGACAGGACGCUAAUGAGACAACCUGCCUUACGGUUAUGCAUAAUGAUUUACUGGGCGAUAUUGCAUGGUCUUUUGGCUACAUUCGUGGUCUAA